AUGAAGUCGCAGGACGAAGGUUUAGAUGAGAGUAAAAAGUUCCUGAUGGGGGAGGAAUCCGUCGGAAAGGACUCCUCUGAGUCCGUGGAGGACUUCCAGGUUGUCCUCAGUGGGCUGGCAGACGAUGAGAGCUCCAACCGGAUUCGGUUGGAGUACGAGAAACUGCUCCAUGCUCUGGAGAAGUCAAAGGACAAUGAACACAGGCUGAUGUCCAAAUGCAGAGAGCUGAACGCAGAGAUUUUGUCCACAUCGAACAAAAUGGCAGCUGCCCUGAAACUGUCUGAGGAAGACGAGGCGACGAUAGCGUCACUAAAGAAGGAGCUGGAUGAGGCCUGGAAAAUGGUUGAUGCAGCUCAUGAUAAAGAGAAGAAGGACAUGGAGACCAUCAGGAGUUUAAAAGAAGAUGUUUCCAAGCUUACUGACGCAGCUGAGCAACAGACCGGACAACAGGAGCGGAUGGAUUUAAUUCAAAUGAUUGAGGAGACGACCAAGGAGAGAGACCAGCUGAUGACAACGGUAGAAGAUCUAAGAGAAAAGUUAAAGAAGGCAACGGAAACUCAGCAAGAGGUGGAAACCCAAAGAGAGGACGCUGCGCAGAAAAUUUCAAAGCUUCAACAGGAGCUCCAGGUGCAGCACAACAAGAUCUCCAGGGAGAUCAGGCUGAAGGAGAAGCUCGACAAGGAGGUCCAGCAGCUGCACGCUGAUAUGGAGGCCAAGGAGGCUGAGAUCAAAGCUGUGAACAUGCAGGGCCAGAAGGCCAGAGAGGAGCAGCAGAGGCUGGAGAAACAGCUCAAAGAUCUGAAGGUAUUACAUGAACGUUGCACCAAAGAACUGGAGCAGAUUCAGGUAAGGAACACCAAACUGCAGCAGGAAUGUGGCCAUCUGUCCUCAGCCAAGGAACAGCUCUCUAUGGAGAACCAUCAGAGGGAAAACGAGCUGAAGGUAAAAGAGGAGGAGCUGGCUCAGAUUCGUCAGGAGGUUGCCAAACAAAUCAAGAUGAGACUGGCUGUCCAGAAGAAGAUCCACCAGAUGGAGGACCAGAAAGCUGAACUAGACGUCCAGACGGAGACGCUGAAAGCUCAGAUCGCUGCUCUAGAGAAAGAGCUUGAAUCUUCCACAAAGCAAGUGGAAAUUGAUAAAAAGGCAAAGGAGGAGUUGAUCAGAGAGAGGGACACUUUGCACAAGAACAUGACCAAAGCCCUGCAUUCCGCUGAGAAACAGCAGAAUCUUCUGAAACUCUUGGAGCAGGAUAAGAGAACUUUGGAGAAUGAGAUCUCUGGGUACCGGCAGGAGGCCCAGAAGCAACGAAAGAUCAUCCAGCAGCUGGAGAAGGAGCGCGAUCGAUACGUCAAUGAGAGCAGCGGCCUUAUGCAGAAGGUGCAGCAAAAAAUCACAGCUGUUGAAGGCAAAGAGAUGGAGAUUUUUGAUUUGAGGAAGAAGGUCACUGAGUCGGAGGCUAAAGUCAAACAGCAGGAGAACCAGCUGGAGUCCGUGGUAACAGAGAGGAAUCUCUACAGCAGAAACCUGAUCGAGUGUCAGGAGGAGAUCACAGAGAUGAAAAGAAAACUGAAGACUAUGAAUAACCAUACUGCCCGGCUUAAAGAGGAAAUCAUUGGCAAGGAGCAGGCGCUGGUCAGAGAUCAGCAGGAGCAGAAGCGCUUAGAGAAGGAUAGCGAGGCCCUGAAGGGGGAGCUACAAUCCAUUAAACUGCAGCUGGAGGAAACAAAGCAGCUGGUUGACAGCCAGAGAGCAGAGCAGCAGAAACUCCAGCUGAUGAAAACCACCUUAGAGGAUGAACAGAUGCAACAGCAGAAGCAGCUGGAGCAGGUAACCAGAGAGCGGGACAGCCUCAGCAAACAGCUGCUGCAGAGCAACGAUGAACGAGCUCAGCUGUUCGAGAAGAUCAAGAUCCAGCAGUCGAUCCUCAGCAAAGGCGAAUUCCACUACAACCAGAGGCUGGAGGAAAUCCACCAGCUCAAGCUGGAGAUCAAGAAGCUCCGACGCAAGAGGAACAUCCUGGACAGGACUUUACCCAACACAGAGGAGCUGAGGACAGAACUGGUCCACCUCCAGGAAGAGCUGCUGAGAGAGAGAACCAGGAACCGUGUCCUGGAGGACCAGCAGAGGCCCAUCAAUAUUCAUAGAUGGAGGCAACUAGAGGGCAACGAUCCCGGGAAAUACCAGCUCAUCCAGAAGAUCCAUGCCUUGCAGAAGCGACUGAUUGUUAAAACCCAGGAGGUGGAGGAACGAGAACUGCUGCUGCAGGAAAAAGAGAAGCUGUAUGAAGAACUGAAGCAGAUUCUGGCCCGGCAACCUGGUCCUGAGGCAGCGGAACAGCUUCAGCGAUGCCGCUGGACCAUCAGAGAGCGAACCAAAAAGCUACAGGCAGUGAUGGGAAAUGUGAAAAUGCUCGACUCAAAGUUGGACGAGUAUAAAAGUGAGAAUGAGAGGCUGAGCAGUGAGCUGGCCAAUGUAAAGAAGAAGUACCUCAGUCAGAAAAGGCUCCAUAGUGAGCAGAGGAGCAGAACCACAGUGGAGGAACAGGAAGCUCUGCCACAGCUGAGCAGCACACCUCACAUCAUCGGAGGAGGUUUCAGGAUCUACAGUCCAGUCAGACCCUGAUGGCCAUCAGACCUGCUUUAGAUCAUCUUUCAACAAAACUGAUUAUGAGACAUCAGGGUUCCGUUUCAUGAAGCAGGUUUAACAAACACAGACUCAGAUCCUCAACUCUAAAUUGAUCUGGCCUAAAGUCAGGAACUCUGAGUUUUCAGUUUCACAACGGCUGCUAUGAAUUAGUUCAAUCAACUCUAAGUAAAACCACUCAGAGUUGAGCACGUGCGUAACAAGUAUGAAAAGCCAUUAUGACCAUGGUCACCAUGA